AUGUGGCGAUGCAAAUGGACAGAAUUGAGAAUAAAGGAAUUUGAGUUGCAAGCGUCAAAGUAUUCCAGAGAGCUUGCAGCACAUGAUAGGAAAAAACAUAUAGCACCGGAUCAAUUUACACUAGUAGAGUCUGGUUCAAGGUCAUUGCCAUUUGCUUUCCAAAGCCACAGAAAAAAGGCCAUGAAGAGGAGGACAAGAAAGAGAGCUGAAGAUACAACUGAUAUAAAAUCAUAUAUUUCACAUCAUAAUCUUUUCUCCUAUCGUGGAGCAAAAGUUGACGCACAAGCUGGUCUUCUGGAAGUAAGUUCCUUUUUUAGGCAGAAGAAGUUGACUAGUCACUGGAGGAGCUUUAUACGUCCUCUUAUGUGGCGAUGCAAAUGGACAGAAUUGAGAAUAAAGGAAUUUGAGUUGCAAGCGUCAAAGUAUUCCAGAGAGCUUGCAGCACAUGAUAGGAAAAAACAUAUAGCACCGGAUCAAUUUACACUAGUAGAGUCUGGUUCAAGGUCAUUGCCAUUUGCUUUCCAAAGCCACAGAAAAAAGGCCAUGAAGAGGAGGACAAGAAAGAGAGCUGAAGAUACAACUGAUAUAAAAUCAUAUAUUUCACAUCAUAAUCUUUUCUCCUAUCGUGAAAUUAGGAGGUCUGAUCUAGAUGGAACCUCUAUGCUGGAUGAUUUAGUCAACCAAGGUAACUAUGUAUCGCAUAAAGCAUCUUCGAGGUUGGAACACUUUAAAUUGUGACUGCCUUAAGUUCCUUUGUUUUUCCUCUCUUAUAUUUUUUGUGGAAGUUCUCUUGAAAUUGUUUGAAAAGGUUCGUCUCAUGGAAAAAUUAGCACAAAUGAGGUACUUAAAAAGAGGAGACCAAAUCUUUGUCUCCAACUGCAAUGGUGUUAUAUGUACAGGUGAUAGUGAGGAUGUGGAUCAUUUAUUUUUGCAUUGUCCGUUAGCACAUGCGUUAUGGAACAAGCU